UUUUACAAACAUUUCACAUCAAUUAAAUAUUCCUGUAUUAACUGUUCAUGAUACUAUUAAACAAUACAAGAAGUUAGGAUCUCCACAACCUAAGAAAUAUUCUGAAAAACCAAAAGAAUUUACUGAAUAUAAUGAACAAGUUUAUACCUUGG